CUAAAUCAUUCAAAAAUAUCACUUUUCUGUUUUGCCGGUUUUCAGUUUCCUUUCUUUGUCUCCAAACAUAUUUCAAUCAUCGCCUGCUUCAAAUUUAAUUAGCACGAAAUUUACGUCGAAGUAUUGUUUUAUUUGUAAAACAUCUAAACGUGCAGAAUAAAAUGACCACUUGGCUGCCAAUAGAAUCUAAUCCUGAGGUAUUGAACAAAUAUCUCGGAAAACUAGGCGUUUCGCCGUUGUGGAAUAUUGUUGAUAUUUAUGGUAUGGAUGAUGAGAUAUUGGCUUUCGUUCCAUCACCGCUUAAAUCAUUGAUUUUCCUUUUCCCUUGCUCGGAAGCGCACGAAAAUUACCGUGCCAAAGAAGAUGAAGAAUUGAAAGCUAAGAACAUUGAGCAUCCGAAAAGCCUGUUUUACAUGCGCCAGUACGUGCAUAACGCUUGCGGAACUAUCGCUUUAGUCCAUGCUAUACUAAAUAACCCGGACAUCGAAUUGGAAGAAGGAAGUUUCAUCAAAAAAUACUAUGAUGCCUCAAAAGAUAAAACACCAGAAGAGCGAGGUAGACUGCUGGAAAAUGACGCGGGAUUCACCGAAACCCACGACAGUGUGGCUAACGAAGGUCAAACAGCACCUCCUGACAUAAACCAGAAAGUCUAUCACCACUUUAUUGCAUUCGUACAUCAUGAAGGACAAUUGUAUGAACUGGAUGGGCGUAAAAAUUUCCCCAUUGCUCACGGUAAAACCUCUCCGGAUAGUUUACUGAAAGAUGCCAUCACUGUGUGCAAAAAGUACAUUGCUCUUGAUCCAAACGAAGUCAGGUUUACCUUGUUGGGUUUAGUUCCCACACAAUAAAAUACUCGAAAGGCUUGCGACUAGGAGAACAAUCGCCAUAAAAAAUAAAUGCUAUUGAAAAAUUGAUCGAGGCAUAAGCGUUCUCUAUAAACACUUCAACCAUUUCGCAUCAACACAGCAAAAACAUUUUCAGAAUUUGUA